CAUUUCAAUAGUUUGUAUGUAUGACCGUUCAUGGGUCGCACAUAUCGCAGAGCUGUAUUGCUUGCUCAUCCAUGUGGAGAAUUUCAUGGUCACCAAAGACUAAAAAUAAGCCUGCGGCUCAGCAGCGCCCCCGCUGCUGCCCCGGUUGAUCCUGGAACUGCACCGACGCACACCGAUCGCUGUUCUUUCUGCUGAAGCCGCUGCAGCUUCCGGAACCGGGCAUGUUUCUCCUCCACUGACGGUCCGUGGACCACUCCAGCAGCUCCGCUCACACCUGUGGUGCUUUGGGCUGGAACUUAAACCCGGGCUCGAGUGAAGAUGCGCGACGAGCAGUGAGCACAUCCAGCACGGAACACGGUGAAGUUGCAGGAGACGCCGCAGCUGUGAUUUGCGUCUCCAUCAGCGGCGCAGCCAUGGCAGAGCACAUGUCCCAGAGCGAGCUGGAUUACCCGUUCAAACUGCUGGAGUACGUCAACGGCUUCAGGGUCUCCAAGGUGAUAUUCUCAGCCUGUGAGUUGGGCGUGUUCGACCUCCUCCUAAAGUCUCAGGAGCCGCUGAGUGCCCAACGCGUGGCCCGGGAGCUGAGCACCAGCGUGGACGGGACGGAGCGGCUGCUGGACGCCCUCGUGGGCAUCGAGAUCUUGGAGGUGGAGACCGCAGAUGGAACAGCUUUGUACAGCAGCACCGACGUGGCCAACCUGUACCUGGCCAGAGGCAGCGCCAAGUCUCUGCACGACAUGAUCAUCUAUCAGUCACAAACCAUCUACCCACUCUGGAACAACAUGGUGGAUGCCAUCAGGGAGGGGAAGAAUCAAAAUGAAAGGACCUUUGGAUUUCCACCAGAGGACAUUUUCCAAGUCAUGUACAGGUCUGAGGAGGAGAUGCUCAAAUUCAUGGGUCUGAUGAACUCGACGUGGGUCCUGGACGGACACGACAUCGUCACGGCGUUCAACCUCUCCUGCUUUCGGGCGAUCGUGGACCUCGGCGGUUGCACCGGCGCUCUGGCCCGCGAGAUGGCGAAGGCGUACCCGUCCUCCUGUGUCUCAGUGUUCGAUCUCCCCCAGGUUGUAGAAACGGCUCAGAAACAUUUCUCUCAGGACAACGAUGUCUUCGUGUUCCAAAGCGGUGAUUUCUUCAGUGGUGAAAUUCCUGCUGCUGAUCUUUAUGUCCUGGCAAGAAUCAUUCAUGACUGGCCCGAAGAGAAGUGCCUCACGCUGCUGAAGAAGAUCCACGCCACCUGCCAGCCAGGCGGCGGCGUCCUGCUGGUGGAGGCCAUGCUGCUGGAGAACAGGCGAGGCCCCGUCAUGGCUCAGGUCUUCUCUCUGAACAUGCUGGUGCAGGCGGAGGGCCGGGAGCGCUCGCCGUCCGAGUACACCCGCCUGCUCAACGCGGCCGGCUUUCACAGCGUUCAGGCCUGCAGGACCGGCAAGUCGUACGACGCCAUCCUGGCCGUCAAGUGAGCGCCGACCCACACCGGGACACAUUCCAGCGUGUCCAAGGCCACUGAGCUAGUAGCUGAAGAAAGGUGUUCAGCCUCAGUGCACGUGGAUCAACGUUUAAUGUUGUUGUUCACCCCGUUAUCACAUUUACAGUCUAACAUGGCUCCAGGGAGGAGAGUGAAAAGCUCCCUGUUUCCCAAUAUGACAAACUAGAAUUAGAAGUUAUUGGAUGUGUCAUGAAGGUCUAUCAAGUUUGAUGCGGGAAAAAGUCACAGAAGUACUGUUGUGGUCAGAGGCUGACCGCUUGAUGCCUGCAUCAGAACUGGAAUCUCAUAGGAGGAGGACUGACUGUGUGCAGGACUGUGCACAGUUCUUUUCAUAUGCAACUUUGAUUUCUCAAAUGUUGUUAAGGACAAACAGUAAAAAUAAUGGAGCAGCGUCCCAAAGGUUCGGCUCAGACUUAAUCGCUGAUCAGUCCUCCAUAAGAUAAUCAAACAGACUCGCUGUGAAUUUGUUUUCUUUUUUUAUUCAUGGCUGGUUGAAAUGUUGAAAUAGUGACUGGUGUGGAACUAUUUCAUUACAUCAUCUCAGCACCAAAUAGCUGCUGGAAAGUGUCCUAAUGCAGCUCUCAACAUCAGUGUGCUACUGAUGAGAUGUGAAUUCAAAACUGUGAAAUCUCAGCAUAUGAACACUGUCCAUUCUGUUACAUGGUAGCAUAAUGUUGUAGUCUGACUUCUGAUCUCUCCACUGAACGUGUUGGCAGCAUGCAUCCCUCAGGGUAAAUCGUACAGUAGUGACACCUUUAUGUAGUGUGAGUCACGUUUAGUCCUAUAAAAAAUGUGCAUGUCUUAACAUGCAGGUGUGCAAAUCUUUUGUAGUGGUUUCUUUAAGUAUGUUUGUUCUGUUAAUAUUUUCUACUGUUAAUUCUCUGUAAACUAAAAGUGUUUAAAGGUGUAAAGCUCCUGCACAUUACGUUAAACUUACAGUAUAUCAUUAUUCUAUUCAUGUUAUUCUAUAUAGAUUAAAAACGUAGAAAGUGAGUUUUUUUUAACUGACUAAUACCACAACUUUACCUAAAACCUCCUGUUUACCACCGCAGUAUUUACAAUUGUGGUUGUAGACCAAAGCAAGAUGUGUUUGAACUGUAAACCAGUGUUCUUGACUGUUUGAAAAUAAUGUAUGAAUCAUUUAGUUGUUACAGAAAUGUCCACACGUAACAAGUGGAUCUGAAGUUUUUGGACAACUGGCUGCUCUGGUCUGCGUACAGGCCGCAGGCGUGAAGACAGUAAAUAUUAUCACAUGAACAUGACACAAAAAAAUAAACAAUAUAAAAUAAA